AUUAACUUUUGCAAAUGACACACAAAAACAGUUAACAUCAGUCAAAAGACCUUACCGAAAAUUCCAAUUUCGCUGUUAUUUUGUCUUUUUGUUCCCCUUACAUCACGAUCAAGUUUCUACACGAGAAAAGCGGCAAACGGAACAAAACGGUACAAACAACUAAUUAGAACUCAUUCUGUAAGAGGCAGUUAAAUACAUAGAUUUGCUCCAUCAACUUGGAUUUUCUCCCAGUACGCUAUUUAUUCAUUGUAUAAAAAAAUACACAUGCUGGUUUAUCCAGCAUUAUACAUUUUUUGACUAUGAGUGGUGGCGAGUGCUGCGAAACAGACACUUCUAAUGAGUCAAAAUCGAUUGAAGCAAAAGAUGACAAAUUUACUGAAAGCACACACCAUUCUCAACAAGAUCAACAUCUUCGAGAUGAUGACGAUGAUAAACUGCAUGAAAUGGGAGAAGCACUGGAAAUCGCUGAAAAUCGGUGUAAUACUUUGAAAGAACAACUUGAUCAAAUGAGAAAUAUUUACCGUGAGCGGAGUACUGUGGAAGAAGCAAAUUUGAAAGAGGUUCCAUUAGAUGCCAAUGUGAGAGCAAAAGAAAUAAAGCAAGCACUUAAACAACCAAUUAUGCGACAAAACUCUGAAGCAAUAUCAACUGAUAACAGCGGAGCAGCGGUUCUGACUAUAAACAAUAUUCUCAACGGCAUUACAAACUCUAUCAACCGAUUAUCCGAACUACAUACCUACAUUGAACCGGAAACUCCUCGUUACCACAAUCGGAAGAAAUUAAAACGUUCAAAACCUCACGAAAAUGAAUUUGAGAACGAUAAUCGAAAUGCAAAAUGUUCGGCAAGUCGGAGCAGUUCUUGGAUAUUUAAUGAAAAGGGUGAUUCUAAAAAGAGAGCCAAACGUGUAAAAUCAAUACCUGAAUCCGGAUCUAUGGCACAUCUUAAAAAACCUGCACUUCGGGUAAAAAUUGCUACAACGAAAGAAGAACCAAGUACAACUUCGGUCAGAAACCGUAAAAAACACAAGCGAGUAGCCAAACCUAUUAAAAGACCAUCUAAACGGCCUGGAUUUGGCUCAAAUGCAUCUUCUAAUCAUUUGGUGGAAAUUUACCAUAAUUCCGCUUUAGAUUUUGCCGAUUCCGAAGAAUUAAUACAAGCAGAAUAUGGACACGAAUCACGAAAUCAUCUUCGCGCUAACCAUGCUGACUUGAGAAGCAAGUAUAGUCGCAAAGAGGUUCAAUUGCCAACCAUUUCUACCACCGAUUGUAAAGAACAAGGGGACGCAUAUGGAGCAACUCGCACAGAAGGCUUCCGAUCGUUAAGUCCGAUCAAAGAACAAGAACCUAACAUGGAUGUAAUGCAACAGCAGGAGAUCCAAUAUCCCGCACAAUAUUUCUUCAAUCGUGGUUAUCAAUCACCAACAAUAUCAUCGAAGAUGAAGCAGGUAACUCGUAGUUACUUCAAGAAUUUCUCCUGUAAGUCAAUUCCAUUUUGUGCUGCUAAAUCCACAAGUCCGAGUCAUAACAUUGGGAUAAACAUACAGCAAGUAAUGAGCAUCAUCAAAGGAAGUCAGAAUGUUCAUGGUAUCUCGCCCACAUUGGCUCAUAACAUUGGACUCGCAGCUGAACGAUUGAAUGAUCAAAGCUUCUCAGCUUUAGUGUCGAGUUUUGGAUCGCGUUAUAAUUGUAGUCAGCCAGUGCCUUGCCCUAUGCAAUGUAACGUUAACUAUCAACAACUACAGGAGAUGGCAACGGAGGUUCCAAACGACGAGAAUUUUGAGGAAGAAGCGGAAAAUGGAUACACAAAAAAUAAGAUUGAAAUUGAAAUAACCAAUAGGAAAAGCCAAGAGGCGUUAUGUUGGUCUAUUGAUCCCAACACUCAUAAUAACUGCACUUGUGCAACUGGAACGGGCAUUAGUUUUCAUCAAAUUGUCGACAAAUAUCAAAAUUGUGCGCCUCCACCUCAAAAUACAAUUCCCACUUCAAUUUACAGCUUGCAGCAGAAUAUGUAUAUACCAAAAAUACAUAAGAAGCCGAAUAAACGAUACGGACAUAUUCGUUCCGUAUACGCUCAAUAUAAUGAUCGCAAGAACAAAACUGAAAAUCUAAACGAUUAUUAUUCUGCUGGUGGCGAAUCAAAUCUGCCUCUACACGGAAAAGAAAAAGUUUUAAAAAGUGUGCUUAUUAAUCUACACGACGAAUUUGGAACACUAUCUGACAAAUUUGAUGAACUAACAAAAAUCGUUGAGGAUGAAAAUCGUUCCAAUCCUGAUAACGUGGAAAAAUUAGAAGUGCUGGAGAAGAAACUUAAUGAAAAAGAAAUGGAAACACAAAUGGUAAUGGCUUUAUAUACAGAAGUGCUCAAUUUGAAAGCGCAAGUGAGGGCGCUAAGGGAAAAGGCUGGUAUGUCGGCGGCCAUUGUUGAUUCUCAAUUACAACGUAUGAAAACGUAUCAGCGCUAUCAGUCGCAACCAAUACAAGGACUGCAACCAAACUAUAUCAAUAAUACUCAGGGUAUUCCUCAGAUUCACCCGCAAUUCUAUGCUGCUAAAACAAAAGAGAGUAAAAACAUCGCUGCGUUGCAUCUGACGAAGUUAUUACGACAGAUUCAUGCUUAUCGUGAAGUUUGCAAGACGGGUGGGAAGUAACACGUGACAGGCGUUUAAAUUCGUCGUUACCUACAUUAUAACACGUUUGAAAAGUCUAAUUACAAUCUGGCAAAUUAAUAUACACCUACUUGGAAAUUUGCAAAGGUGUGAAAUUAAAAUAUGUAGAAAUCAGUUGUAGUUAAAAUAUUCAAAUAAAUUAUUGUCAGAAUAUUAAA